CCCAGGCCGCGCGCAGCCCUCCGCCCCGCCCGCUAUACUCGCCACCCACCACGACGUCCACGACGCCCACGACACCUACAUCGACGGCUGGCACCCGGCAUCCGACGCCCGAGCCGCACGCAUACAUUCUUCGUCUCACCCAUCUAAUAGACUGCACCUGGACCGCGCACAGCGCAGCACCGCUCCGGAAGCUGCACCCUCGAGAGCAGGCAGCACACCUACACACACACCCCACGUCGUCUGGAUUCCGGAAUGUCGACGACGCCAGAACCACUACCGUCCCUUCCGCCUUCGCCCUCGCCUUCGCAUACGGACGACGUUGCGCAAGCGUGGCAUGAUGACCCGGAGGACGAGCCGUCGAGCUCUCGGUCGGAAGCACAUCUAAACCCUGCAAGCACAACACGGAAGGGGAAGCAGAGGGCACUUUCUGGGGAACGGGGGAAGAAUGCAGGCGAAACUGACGAAGAGGAGGACGAGGAGGUGAGCGACGGCGCGGCGGGAUACCCGCCCACACAAGACGAGAAAGCCGAGUCUCGGAGAAUAGAAGAGAACUUGCGACGCUGGGAAGUCGCAGAGCGGCAGCGGCGGAAAGCCGCACGCGACUCCGUCGCCUCCACGUCCGGCGGGAGCACCGCGCCCUCGCUCCUCGCCGGCCUCUUCCGGCGCGACUCCCGCAAAGCGUCCCUCGGCGGCGUCGGCGCGCACCACGCCCUGCGCACCGACGACCGCGACGCGGACCCGAACGCUCUCCCCCUCACCGACAUGAACACGCCCACGGGCGACGCCUUCGCGCCCUCUGCCCCACCCACCCCGGAGCCCGAGACGCUCUCGCUCGCGGAGAACCCGUUCGACACGCCUGCGGCGUCGCGGACGUCGCUGAACAUCCCCGCACAGUCUGCGCUUAUGACUGAGUCCGAGAGCGGUCCUGGGGACUUUGCGAACGCGGAUGCGCCCCGGGCGCGCACGAAAGGCGCAGCGACACUAGAGGCGUCUUCGUCGUUCCGCAGGCAGAAGAAACAGAAGCUGCCCCCGCCCCCUCCGCAGCCGCUGGACUUGCCGGCGCCGCGCGAGGUCCCGCCGCACACGGGUGAACACCCAGGACCAAUCCCCCCACUGCAGCCUGUGCCGCCGGAGCCGGAACCGGAGCCUGCACCUGUAGACCCGGGUCCGCCCGUACGGUGGUGGCAUGAGUGGUUGUGUGGGUGCGGAGAGGCGGCGGAUCGGGGAGGAGACCACCAGGCGGGGCGUACGAACCCCUUCGAGUGACCGUGGUGCUGUUCGCUCCUACACACUUAUUCGUAGCCUUUCUUGUCUGCACAUUUUGUCUGGACCUUUUCAUCGGCGGUUGUUUUGACGUACUGGACUCUUGUGGCAUAAUGUAGCAUGGAUGUUGC